AAUCUUAUCAUUCGUAUCAAUACACUUAGGUUCUUGUAUUCAUCAACCUGUAAGUUGUUGGGCGAUAUAGCUAACCUGCAGUUUCCAUUCAAGCUCCGAAACAUGCGAACCUACAGCGGGCCAUUGGUCGCCAUUUUGGUAAUUUGCUUACCAAGAUACUGUAUUUGCAAUAAUGAGAAUAAAACUGACUAUUUGCAAUUUCCGGAAGGUUUCAUAUUAGGCGCAGCUUCAUCGGCUUAUCAAAUCGAAGGAGCUUGGAAAGUAAGCGACAAAGGUGAAAGCCAGUGGGAUUAUUAUGCACAUAAAGGCAAUACCAUUUACGAUAACAGUACUGGUGACAUAGCCUGUGAUUCGUACUACAAGAUCAAGGAGGAUGUGGCUUUAUUGAAAAAAUUAGGCUUCGACACGUACCGCUUCUCCUUGAGCUGGGCGCGGAUAUUGCCCGGAGGUUUUGCAAAUAAGGUGAGCAAAGAUGGUCUCGACCACUACAAGAAGGUGGUGGACGAGCUUUUGGCGAACGGCAUCGAGCCCAUGGUGACCAUAUACCAUUGGGACCAUCCCCAAGUGCUGGAGGAGUACGGAGGCUGGCAGAACGAGAAGAUGGUCGACUGGUUCGCCCAGUACGCCAGAUUAGUGUUUCGGGAAUUCGGGGACAAGGUGAAGAUGUUCGCGACCAUCAACGAGCCUACUGUCAUUUGUCUGAUGGGGUACGGCAUGAGGAAACACGCACCCGGGAAGACCCUACCAGGCAUUGGGGACUACAAUUGCGUCCACAACUUAUUGAAAGGCCAUGCAGCAGCCUAUCGGAUAUACGAUAAGGAGUUUCGGCCAGCCCAAAAUGGCAGGAUCGGCUUGGCUCUGAACCUGGUGGCGCAUUAUCCAAAGACUAUGAAGGACAUCCUGGCUGCCGAGAUAGCCCAUCAGUUUAAGAACGGAUGGACCCUGCAUCCGAUAUUCUCCAAAAAGGGAGACUAUCCCUCCACCAUGAAGACUAUUGUUGGCAUCAGGAGCAGCGUGGGUGGAUACCCUACCUCGAGACUUCCAAAGCUUUCUCAGGAAUGGAUCGACACCAUUAGAGGAUCUGCCGACUUUUUAGGAAUUAAUCAGUAUUCCGGCAAUAUCGUAGAAUUUGGCACGGAGGGCUCUGAUCCGUCCUUUAUCCGAGACCAAGGUGUCAUUAUCUCGACGGACCCAUCCUGGGAACAAUCAGCUUCUGACUGGCUAUCAAUCGUGCCAGAAAGUAUGGGUGACAUACUUCGGAAAGUCGCGAAAGAGUAUAACAAUCCGGUAAUUUAUAUUACCGAAAAUGGCUUAUCAGACUUGGGUGAGAUAGAUGAUGAUAAGAGAAUAAAGUAUUAUCGGGAGUACUUGAAGCAGAUGCUGUUGGCUGUUAAUCGAGAUGGUGUAAACGUUAAGGGAUACUAUAUAUGGUCAUUUCUCGAUAGUUUCGAGUGGGACCGAGGAUAUAGUGAACGCUUUGGUAUAGUUAGUGUAAACUUUACCGAUCCGAACCGCAGAAGGACUUUGAAAAAGUCAGCUCUUUGGUGGGAAAAUAUUCUAAGGACGCGGAGAUUGGAUUCUUGAAUUCAUAUCAAUGAACUCUACCGGACUCUACUUGGACACUUCAAGUUCUGAACACUUCACAUUUGUUGUCUCAGUGUACAUGUGACAUAUUAUAAAAACCACGUGCUCAUAUAAAAAGGUGUUAAUAUUUAAAAAUAUUCCCCAGAA